CGACCUUGAGCCGGGCCGGUUGAUUUUUUUCCCAAACAAAGAAGAAUUUAAGUUUUUACUUAUUUACAUUUCAUAAAAUGAGCUAAAGUGUUAAGUUGUGUAAAAAAAACUCUUCACAUUCGUACAUAACCUCGAAGUGUAUCAUGUCCUUGUUGAAGAAUCUUUUAUCAUUUUUCUGGAAAACAACAAUUCCUUGUGAAGCCCCACUUGCCUUAGAUGAAGCUUACAAGGUAAUUACGGAAUGUGAAGAAAAACUCCCAAACCAAGUACCCCAAAAUGAAAAAAAAGAGGAAGAAGAGAUUGGCACCUAUGAAGUCUUCAGUAAAGUAGGCAAGAUCACUCACAUUGUUGACGAUUCAUUUAGAAUAGAUGAUUUAUACGAUUUUAAAAGUGAUUUAGAGAAUCUCUUAGUGGGGACAAAGGUUUCGUACCAGUUAAUUAAAUCUACUGAGGUUGAAAUUAAGAUUGUUGACGUUAAUGUAUUGGAAAAUGACUGGAACGUGAUAGAUACUGGAAAAAAAUCAUGCCAUGAGCGUGUUUUAAUAUGUAACGUUAAGAAAAGGGUAAAUCGGGUGCUUACUUUAACGCCAGGAGAGAUUAUUGUGAAUUUAAACAAUAUUUGCACUGAAUUCAUUCCAAUAGAGGGUGACUGGGUUGAAUUGGAUGUAAAGUGUGAAAUUGACGAAAACGUUGUUGAUUUGAAUGGAAAAAUUAUCGAGAUUAAUAAAUUGCUGCCGUUGAGACCUCAAGUCAAGCUCGGACAUGUGACUCAAUGGAAUUCCGAAAGUAGGUCGGGAGUCAUUGAAAAAAAUAUUUUUUUCGAUAAAGAUUCGCUUUAUUGCGGUUACAUUCCCGUUAGGGGUGAUAAAGUCGUCGCCGAAAUAAUCGAAAGCAAUCAAGGGACUUGCUCCUGGCGGGCAUUAAAAGUUCUCCCAGAUAACUUACAGUUCAAGGAAAAUAAAGACACGAUUAUAACAAAAGAAGAAAAUUGUCAGGAAACCCAUGACAGUGUUAGUAUUACAGAUAAUAUCAGCCUAACUUUCACUAAAUUGGGCGAAAGUAAGUUAUUUGCGGUGGAAGUAGAAUCCCGAGAGGAGGUCCAGUUGGUCUGCAUUGAAAUCCCUAAAGUGAACGGUCAGUGUCGCCUUAACACCAAUAUUGACCACUUCACCCUCAAACCUGAUCGACCUUUAACAGUUCGGGUAGAGUGUAAAGCUAAAAAUAUCGGCGAAAGUCAGGAACUCCUAAUUUUCCACUUCGACACAUUCAAAAUAAAGCGCUGGAUCACCAUUAACGUGGCCUCCUACAAGCCGAAAAAUAUCAGAAAAAGCAACGACGUUAGAAGACAGGUCGUCUCAAGGGACAAAAAGGAGCUGAUCAGAGGCCAAAAAAUACGCACAGCUGUGCGUUUUCUACCCUUCCAAAUGCCAGACUUUGCCGUUCCUGAACGGCUCCUCAAUUUAAUAGCAGCGAAUCGACACCAAUCAAAUUACUUGAAAUCCGAGCUUGAACGAAUGAAACCGUGCCUCGUAACGACGCUAAACUACAUGAACUUUGAGGACAAGUUUCACACUUUGCUUCAUUUGGAUGAAGUCCAMSGGAUGUUAGAAAUGCAGAAUUAUGACCAGGAGAGGGUUUGUUUCGUGAAGAGCGGGGAAUAUUUGCUUCUGCAAAUUGAUAAUUUGGCCGAGAGGAGGCCGUCUGUAAUACUAGGCGAUAGAGUUAUUGCGAGGAGUAUUAAAGACCCGAAUAGUCCGGAUUUCGAGGGUUACAUCCACAAGAUUGGGAAGAAUCACGUUUUUAUAAAGUUUUCGCAAAUGUUUCACAACUCGUACGAUGGAGAGGACUACUCCGUUUAUAUAAAGGCUUCCAGAGUUACAUACAGACGYAAGCAUUUUGCUGUAAAUUUGGCUGUGAGGAAUUUGGGKAAGGAUUGGUUAUUUCCGACGKGAAUCCCCGAGAAGGAGCCCCAAGUGGAUUUUUCUUUUGACAGCUACGUUGACUCACUAAAUAACGAAURGAGUAGUUUAGACUCUCCUGAUUCUAAACCAUCGCAUAAUAUAUUGGCGAAGAAACAGCUUUUGGAGAAGAUUCGAAAAUUCAYUGAMAGUACCGAAAAGCCACUUCCAUUGCGUAAAUUGGAAUGGCACAAUAAUUCCCUCAAUUACUACCAGAAYGAAGCAGUAAGGAAUAUUCUGCUAGGGYUCUGUCGACCACUACCUUAUAUUAUUUUUGGGCCUCCUGGCACCGGUAAAACUGUCACUGUAGUSGAGACAGUCUUGCAAAUUUUGAGGAUGAUGCCCCAUUCGAGGAUUCUACUAUGUGCCCCUUCGAACAGUGCUGCUGAUUUGCUGGCAUUGCGUUUGAUCGAUUCAGGUGUUUUGAAACCRGGAGAUUUGAUCAGGAUGAUUGCAGUGACUGCAAUUAGUUCGAUUCCGCCUAGGUUAGCCCCAUACACUGCUACGGCUAACACAGAAAAGGAAGGAACAGAGACUUCUCUUCCGCUGGUUGGCCCAAAUGGGCUAGUGUUAGGUUGUAGCUCUACAGUAUUAGGAAGACACCGACUCACUAUCAGCACUUGUUCAAGUGCCGGUUUAUUAUAUUCCAUGGGUUUCUCGAAAGGACAUUUUUCRCACAUUAUUGUCGAUGAAGCGGGCCAAACAUCUGAACCAAGUGUUUUGAUACCUUUGGCAUUUUUAGAUGUUACAAGUGGUCAAGCUAUUUUAGCUGGUGAUCCGAUGCAAUUGGGGCCUGUGGUUUUGUCGCAUCUUGCUUCCGAAUAUGGUCUUGAGGAGUCAUUUUUGGAACGAAUGAUCUCUCGCUUUCCUUACAUGAAAGAUUCACAAGGUUUCCCCAAGACGUUCGGUUACGAUCCACGGAUGAUUACCAAAUUGAUCUACAAUUACCGUUCCCUACCCAAUAUUCUUAAAUUACCCAGUCUUUUGUUUUAUAAUGAUGAUUUAAUACCAACGAUUUCAGAAGUGGACAGCAAAGAAACAUCAAUUUUAGCACAAUUGGAAGAAAUCUUACCCCGCGAUAGGAAUGGGAAAACUGCGUCGUUAAUUUUCCACGUCGUGAUUGGGGAAAAUUUUCAAACGGAAGAUUCGCCCUCAUGGUUUAACCCCAGUGAGGCGUCGCAGGUGUUUUUCUACGUCAACGAACUGUUUAGAUUAGGGUUGAAGUCGAACGAUAUCGGUGUCAUAACUCCGUAUAAAGCACAGAUAAAACAGUUGAUGGAACUGUUCAAAGAAGCUGAUUUUGAUCUUCCGAAAAUCGGCACAGUGGAAGAAUUUCAAGGACAAGAAUUUAACGUAAUUAUCCUGUCUACAGUGCGCUCAAACAAAAACCAUGUCGCUUCUGAUCUUAAAUAUAGCAUGGGUUUUGUGGCCAGUCCUCGCCGACUCAAUGUUGCGAUAACCCGUGCCAAAGCUUUAUUAAUUAUUAUCGGAAAUCCGAAAUUGCUUUCUGUGGACAGGAGUUGGCGUUCUGUUAUCAACUACUGCAUGGAGAGAGGAAGUUAUAUUGGAAGUCCCUACCAAAAUUAGUUUAUAUUUUCCGAAUUUUAUUUUUGUGAGUUUAAAUAAGAAUAUUUUUUUAUAUUUUA